GAAAGGUUCUUCGGGCUGCCGCAGCAGGCGGAGUCGGUCAUCGCCGACGCCGUGGAGCGCAUCGAGAGGUGCGCGAAGGUCUGCGUCGCGCCGUCGGCCACCGUGCACGCCUUCGGGUCGACGGUCAACGGGUUCGGGGAGAAGACCUCGGACCUGGACGUGCUCGUCGCAGUGGACGAGCAGGAGCUGACCUACUACCUCAGCUUCGUGCACUGGCACCAGAAGGGGCGCCGUUAUGCAGAGGCCCAGCGGCGAUCGGACGGGGUGGCCGCCCGGGCGCCGCGUGCGCUGGAGAGCCGCACCUGGCCGCGGUGA